AUGACUCCAUAUAUUUCUCACAGAAGUACAUUCAUUAUUUUUAUAAUAAGUAUCAAUAUUGUAUCCGUGGUAUGUUCAUUAUACGAACCAAUCAAGGAAAACCCUGUUAUUGAUGAUAAUCAACGAAAAUUUACGUAUUUUAAUUAUUUAAGAGCACCAAGUCAAUACCCUGCAGGGUCACCCUUGCUGCAGGUUGAAAAUCUGAAAAAACUCGAUGUAGAUCAAUAUUACAAAGCUUAUUAUAAUGAUCAAUAUUGGAGUAAGUAUGCUUGUCAGAUACACUAUUACGCAACACGCAAAAAUAAAUAUUUAAAUAUUAUUAUAUUAUGA